ACCAAAGCAUUUUCCUAGAAACUUCUCAUAGACAACAGUUUAGCUUUCUCCUACAAACCCUAUAUAUCGCAUCCUAUAUACAUAGUGCCUUUGUCGCACUGCUUUCGUUCGACACAAUCCCGACAAAAGACUCAGCACUUCCCCACAUAUACGGUCGACUAGAUACUAGCCAAGAUGCCCGGAAAGAAGGUUGAAAAUAGCAAAAAGGUUGCCGGCAACGCCAGAAAGGCGGAGGCUGCGGCGAGGAAGUCCGCUGCAGAGGACGCAGUUAGAGAACAAGAGGAGUCUGAAAGAUGGAACAAGGGCUCCAAGAACAAUUCUAAGAAGGAGGCCGAAGAGGCAAAGAAGGCCGAACAAGCACGAAAGAAGGCUGAGAGAGAUGCCCUUAUGAAGGAAGAGGAAGCUAGCAACGGCGGACGGGCCGAAGCCAAGAAAUCCAAGGCACCUGUCAAGAGAGCCCGUGGCCUGGAUCUCUCUCAGCUGGACGACAAGCCUGCCGACCUCAACGCCUCUGGUAUCGACAACGCCCUCGACGCCCUGACUUUGACCUCAGGUGGCGGCGAUACUGCCAUCGACAAGCACCCCGAACGCCGAUUUGCGGCAGCAUACCGCCAAUACGAGGACCGUCGAUUGGCUGAAAUGAAGGCGGACGGCAGCGGCACAGGUCUCCGACUUGACCAGCGCAAGCAACGUAUAAGAAAGGAGUUCGACAAGAGUCCAGAGAACCCCUUCAACCAGGUUACAGCUGCCUACAACGCCACUCGGGAAGACAUUAAGCAGGUCCGAGAAGAGGAAAUGAGAAAGAUUGAAAAGAGACUCGGUUAGAGCGUUUUAGGCUCGGCGCUACGUCUUUAUUGGAUGGAGAAAAUUCUAAAAUGCAUUCAUGUUUCUUUGCAGUUUCUAAGUUAAAGUUUGGAGUUUUCAAUAGACUAAGGUUGUCACAU